CUAAUUUUUAUGAGCGAGUUUUAUUCUACCCUAUCUGAAAAACACAUGAAAUAAGUUCAAUUGUUUAAUUGCGCGUGUUUGUGUGCAACAAGUGUAGCGUUCUCUUUGUAGUAGGCUAAUCGUGUAGCCUAGACGCUGUAGAUCAGCUAUCUCUUCAAACAAACAUAUCAAGUUAGGCUAAUGUUGUAAUUUUCUCUGUAUUAAUAUCGCAUGUUAACUUCAGUGUAACUUCCCGUUUGAUAUUCCUAGACUGACGCUGCAUGAUUUUUGUUGUUUAAAUCCGAAAAAUAUUGUAAUUUUCUGAACAUAAAUACUUUUGUCUACUACUAACUACCCUAAACAUUUUCUUUGCCGCUCCAAAACUUGACAAAGCAAUGUUUUUAUCGUUUAGAAAGGUGCAAUGCCAUAGGCCUAUACGAUUUAGCAUUGCAUGUGAUCUGGCUAUUGACCCAAAUAGCCUAAUUGUCGCUACACUGUGACAUGUUUUUCGUUUGUAGAUGAGUAUGAAGACGAGAAGACAUAAGGAUUCUGGAUUUUAAGAGAACCCUGACAUGUCUGGUCCCACCUGGCUGCCGCCAAGGACUCUGAGUAGCCCAGAGAGAACUGUUCCUCAGAUGUCCCACUCCGGGCCAGCCAUGUACAGACAGCCGCCCAUGAAGGUCUCCUCGGACCCCCGGCCCAAGUAUGGGGUCUAUGACCAGAAAGGAGGUGGAGGAGGACUGGCCACUAGGUACAUGGCUACUGGACCCACAGGUGGACCCAUGCAGCACCAAGAGGACACAGGGUUUCACCCUAAAUCUAACGACCACUACUACCAACCACCUCCCCACGGGCUCAAAGAAGACCGGUCCUGGAACCCUCACAUGGACAGCUAUGAGCUAAUGCAUCGUGGACCUGACAAGCCAAGUGGACACCACUCCAACCUCGAUGCAGAGAUUGACUCUCUCACCUGCAUGCUGGCCGAUCUGGACAGCCAUCCACAGAACAGCACACAGCUGUACGAUAACGUGCCUUACAACAAACACAUCUCAGGGGACCGCUACAAACCCUCAACCCAGCCAGGAGCACUCUCUCAGGGCAGGCCGUCCAUGGGUUACCCCCCCCAGUCCCAGUACCAUCCAGCACCCCCUUACCCCAGUGAUCCCCACCAGGUUCCCCAGUACUCCCCCCAGCCAGACUACACCUACGCCCAGGUGUCCAAACCCUACCCUCAGCCCGUCCCUGCCUCCUAUACCACCUCUUCCACCCCUACUGGCCCGAGGUUCAGCGUCCAGGUCAAAACAGCCCAGCCUGUCACCUACUCCCAAACUGGUAGACAAGCCGAGCAGGCUUACACCCCUCCUCCGCCCCACCAGCACUCCUCGCGCCCCCCACCCCAAAACCAGACGGGCCCCCAGGGCUGGUACCCUCCCCAUCCCGCAUCCCAAGCCCAGGAGCUGCACUCUGAUGGGGGUUACAAGGAGAUCCCCGGGGGGUCUAGAGGGCGAGGGAACCAGGGCCCCACGCCCAAGAGAGGCCUGGAGAAUCACCAACCAGGGUCAAGAGAGGCCCCAAGUCCUGCCUAUCAGCCCAGCAAGGGGUCAGCAGCUCCGAGGCAAGAGGAGGAAUUGGACCGGCUCACUAAGAAGUUGGUGUAUGACAUGAAUCACCCACCUACAGAGGAAUAUUUUGGUCGCUGUGCGCGUUGCGGUGACAAUGUGCUUGGUGACGGCAGUGGCUGUAUCGCCAUGGAGCAGGUGUUCCACGUGGAGUGUUUCACCUGCAUCACCUGCCACGCCCGUCUCCGGGGGCAACCCUUCUACGCCCUGGACAAGAAGAGCUACUGCGAAAGCUGUUACAUUAGUACCCUAGAGCGCUGCUCUAAGUGCUCCAAACCCAUCUUGGACCGUAUCCUGCGGGCCAUGGGAAAGGCCUACCACCCGCGCUGCUUCAACUGUGUGGUGUGUGGCUGCUGCCUGGACGGGGUUCCCUUCACUGUGGACGCCACCUCCCAGAUUCACUGCAUAGAUGACUUCCACAGGAAGUUUGCCCCCCGCUGCUCAGUGUGUGGCCAGGCCAUCAUGCCCGAACCGGGACAGGAGGAGACCGUCAGGAUAGUGGCGCUGGACCGCAGCUUCCACGUCAACUGCUACGUGUGUGAGGAGUGUGGUCUGCUCCUGUCCUCCGAGGGUGAGGGGCGAGGCUGUUACCCUCUGGAUGGUCACAUCCUGUGUAAGGGCUGCAGCGCCCGCCGCAUCCAGGACCUUUCCGCCAAAAUCUCCACUGACUGCUAACCAACUAAGGGACGUCACCUCUGACGAGA